AUAAUCCUUUUAUUUAUUUAUAAUAUCGGGGACGCUAGCGCUGUCAACGAACCAGCCCGAUCUUCCAUCUUUGGCGGCGGAAGUGGCGGCGGAUGUCCCGGCAAUGGAUAACCCGUCAUAUUUCGCGCUUCCCAACGCCGAUGUUCUGGAUAGCGCAGAAUCAAAUCCGACGACUGCGGAGCCAUGCUCGCGCUCGGCGCCGGGUCGCGUCUGGGCGGACGCCAGAUCUCUAGGCUCCCCGAGACGGAGGGAGCCAGAGAGCCCGCGAAGAAGGGAAUUCAGAGCAUUGUUGCGGUCUUUGUCGGCUAAGGAGCCGGAGCAGGCCGAGGCGUUUCUGCGAGGGCAGCCCAGGCCGGGGGACGUUGCGCCGGGCGAGAUGAGGCACAGUUCCACAGCACCACGGAUAAAGAAAGGAAAAAUCAGCACGACAGUGGUUACACCUGAUGGCCCUCAGGAACGCGAAGAGGUGUUUUACACAAUCCCCCUUCAGGGCCGCAGAAGGCACUCCGUGGGGGGCUAUUUGGCGGCGGGAGCGUCUGGCGCUGGAGAAGUCACUUCAGUGCCUAGCGAAGUUCCUAAAAUGCCACCCCCACGCUUCGGAGCAAAAGAAGAAGAAGUCAAACGGAGAAGACCCAAGAAUUUCCCCUUUAAAGAAAUGGAAGACAUCGCGAUCCUGUGGAGCUCGGGCUCACCUGAGAGCGCCCUGUGGUCCGACUACCUCGUAGCAAGCUUCGAUAAAAUCAUGUCACAGAGGGCCCGCCACCACUACAGAGUGACGCCUAUAACUGUGGAGGAACUACUGGCCAGCGAUUCCCAAGAGAAAAUAGAGAAGCUUUCAAAAUCCCAGCUUCAAAUAGUGAUCCUGUGCCCGAACCUCGCCACCAAGAUGGCGGACCUGAAGGUCGAGAGCAACAUGGAGACGCUGUUCAAAGUCGACAAGGUGCUCGUGAUGCUGCUUGGCGUGGAAAAGAACCAAGUUAUUGCGAACAACUGCGAAGACUACCCCACAAUAGAUCAGUGGCAGAUGAUGUCAGUGCGCGAGAAGGACACAUCAUUCGUGGACACGUUCCUCACGGCCGCCGUGGGCAUCCUGCGCACCAAGGACUGCAAGGACACCGCCACCGACCGCACCAGCUUCUCCAUCGUGCCGAAGAAGGUCAAGAUUGGACAUAGUCGGGUCAUUGCACUACUCAACGAUCCAAUCAGAGAAGAGGACAGUAUCAAGAUAAUCGUGGACAAGAAAGGGGAAGCCAUCCACAUACCGACGUUUAAGAAAAGGAAUCCCUACACGCUGCAGUUUGAUAUUCCAGAAUCAUGUCUGGAUGUAUCUAUGCUGGUUUGGGUUCGCGUCAGCAAAAACGGCCAGCCGUUGGGAAGGAGGCAAAUCAAAUGCGAAAGUCGACUAAGAGAGUUGGACCAGCUAUUGAGGGCUUCGGAUCAUCCUUUGGAAUUUAUGUGCCAGACUUUAGGUUUUAAAACAACGAGUAAGGAGCAACUCGACAGUUGGAUGCUCAGCGCAUUCCAGAAGAACAUUCCUCCACACUUCAACUUGCUCGUUUCUAAUGAACAAUUUAAUCCAAAGGCUGAUGUAUCGAGCGGCGAAGAAUACCCCACCCUACUCCACUGGGCAGCCCGCUUCGGGCUGGAGCGGCUGUGCUGGCAGCUGCUGGAGUGCCCGGGCGGCGGCGCGGCCGUGGCGCUGCGCAACGUGCGCCAGCGCACGCCCGCCGACCUCGCCAGGGACCACCACCACACCAGGCUCGCGGACGUGCUGGCUGACCACAUGAAAAUAAACGAAUUCUCAAAUAUGUACUACUAUUUGAAGAAUAUGACUGAAAGUGAUAAAGACGAAGAUCAAAAGGAAAUCAAACACGAUGAGGAAUUACGAAUUGUAGAAACGUGCGACACUGUCGACUCUCCCAGAAGCCCCGAGGCGAAUUCUACUGAAGAACCACCCAGCGACCCCUUCAGCGAGGCGUGCACUCAAACUCUGGAGGACAAUUUAGACAAAAUGAACGAAAGCAAAAAGAAACGACCCGUCCUGAAAAUACCAAAGAUGAGAGAGCAACUUUAUCAAAACGACAUUCCUUUCCACGACGACACCGCCGGCAGGAUCCAGCAGGCCAUAGAGCACGACUACCUCGUCCAGCCGUCCAACAUCAAAGUGGAAAGCCCUAAAUUCCGGCCCAACAACUUGUAUGCGAACAGCUCCCGGCUGAUGCCUCAGCAAUCCGAUAUUUUUCUUUACUCGCCCACCGAAGAAUCCAAAAACUUUAACAUAGAAACCCCCACCAGUGACAUAAGCCAAAUAAACUUAAAUGCCAAAGAUAGGUGUAGCGCCAAGUCAGGGAAAGAAAUGUUCCCAUUAAAUGGACAAGACGAGUUAGCAGAAAUUAUUAACGAUUUCAAGAACAACGUAUUUUCUAUUUCUGAAGUUGAAAAACUGGUAAUGGAAUGGAAGAACAGGAAUGAGACGCAACAAUCCUUAAAAGAGAAACAGGAGCAGCUAAAUAAAAUGCGCGAAGAGUACGACAAAAUCCAACAAAGAAUUAAGGAUAAUUUGAAAAGACCAACCCCGUUCGAGAGGGUAAAGAAAAUUUUCUCCAAAAGCAAAAAACAUCACGACCAAAAUGGAUCCGUUGAAAAAAGGAAAGGAAGUACGCGCCCCAACAGCAGCUUAAGCGACAGUUCAUCCUCAUCUGGGCGCCUGAGUACCGUUAGCGGAGGUAGUGUGGCGGAGACCAACAGUGUUCAGUCAGAACACGAUGACAAGGCGAGAUCUAUUAUUUCGGCCAGUACGCUGACGAUGCACUCUGCGAGCGAGCACGACAACCGUCUCGACGACUACCUGAUCCCGCCGCCGCCGCGCCCGCUCAACGGCUGUCCGCAGUUCACCACCUUCGGCCACCCUAAACACGAUCAGAACAGAGGCCACAUGGCGACGAUAGUGGAGCGCGAGACAUCUGCGUCCCGCGAGCGUCUGGACUGCGACUCGGACGCUAGCAGCACGCACAUCCGCAUGACGUUCUCGCGCGACCGCCCCGCGCCCGCCGGCCGCUGCGACGACCGCGACGGCGCGCACAUGUAUAUGAACAUCUCCGCGACGCACACGUAGUAGGGAGACACAGGGGUGUCUGUUACAAUUUGGUACUUUCGCUCCUUAACACAUUCACUACCAGAUAAAAAAUGGCGCACUGCGUCGGAAACCGGUCGUAAUUUAUAACCGCACGCUUGUAUGACGAGAACCCGCCCAGCGGGUUAUUCCGGCAUCUGAGUAAAGUUCACCAGGCAGGCCAGUACCCUGAAGCAUAUUUUUUUUGGUUCUUGGGUAAAUACGCAUUAGCCAAGCGGGGCUGUGAGGGUACACGCCUACAUUGUACUGGAUUUGUCACUGGCCGUACCUAGUUUCUUUGCACCCCAUGGAGAAUUAUAAUUCAAAUUACAGGGAAUAACGAUUAGUGAUCCCUUGGAUUCGAAACGAAUAUCAUAUCAUAUAUACUCAUACUUCAACAGUUGUAAAUAUAAAGCAGGCCGGUACUACUUUUUACAAAAUAAAUAUCUACCUAAACCUAUUGCAUUUAGAAAUAUACUUGUUAUGUCGUAUAAAUAAGCUAUUGUGUAGUUACAUUCCAAAUGUUUGGACAAUAAAUCAGACUGCUUAUUAUUUUGUAUACCUACAUAUACACGGAUACAGUCGGAAUUAAAACAAUCAGAAUAGACUUCUUUACUAUAAUUAUGAUCAAACCUACUUGAACUCCAAAGAAAUAUGACACAGUCGAGGUGCCCGCGUGAUACGAUUUUUAAAAGUAUUACCUAUGUGUAAAACGAAGAGGAAAUAUAUGCUUUCAUUAUUUUGUAACAGUUGCCAUGCGGGGCGCCCCGCCACUCAUGAAAAAUACAAAGAAAGGCAAAUUGUUUUGACAUUCUUCUAAAAAUUAAGCCAAUGCGCACUUAAUUGUUCAUUUUGUAGUCAUUGGGAAAAUAUCAUAAUAUCACACAUCCAACGAAUUUUGAAGACUGAAAAGUUAACGUAAUUUUAUGUAAAUAAUGUGUAAAUAAAAUAUACCUACCACUUGAAUUAGAUUUUUAGUUUUCUAUUUAUUACCUAAAAUAAUUCGUGUUUAAUGUUAUUAUAGUACAAAAUAAAUUCU